AAAAGUUCCAAAUUCUCCCAAAAUCAAUCUCUCUCUAAAAUUCUCUCUUUCACGCACAACCACCCAAUUAUAAUACUCGUAAAUGGAGGUCAUUAUGCGAGGUCAUAGAGUAGGAUAAAUAUUAAACUAGUCAUAUAAUGGGAACUACAUCAUCUUUUAGUUAUAUCCAUGAUAAAUUUCUCUAUUUUUAUACAAAACUAUUUUAAUAUAUAACGUAUCAGAUUCAAAUGGAUGACUGCUUCCCUCUUCAGACAUCUUUUGCUUUAGAGGCGGAGUUACUUGCUAUCCUCUUCGUCAUCAAAUGGAUGACUGCGAAAGGUUUUGAGGAUUUUGUGGUUGACUCGGAUUCAAGUGUUGUUCUGGAUUUCUUUACGGGUAGGGAGACAAGAAGGUGGAAAAUGGCGAUUCAGGAAACCAUACAGAUUUCAGGUAGAAAGCAGAUAAGUUUCUCUCAUGGUUUUCGGGAGAGUAACUGGGUCUCCCAUUAUUUAGCUCCGGCCCAUUUGGAUCAACUUGUUUAUUAUGAUCGGCUCAAUCAGUUGCCAACUCUUGCUAAAAGGGCCUAUUGGAUGGAUUACUUUGGUAUCCCCUCUUUUAGAUUUUGAAUGCUUUUAUCUUGUUACUCAGGUCAGGUCUAGUCCCCCUGAGUUUUGUUUUGUUUUGAUCUAUUUUCUGAUUUUUUCAGAUUGUAUUUUAUGGAAGGUUUGGUUUGGUCCCCCUCUCUUUUGCAAUCUCCAUUUUUUAAUAAAAUUUGUGAGAGACGAGACUCAGAGAGUAAUCCACGUUUGUUGGCUCUCAGCUCUUCGUCCAUCUUCACGGGCUCACGACCUC